CGGCCUACCGGAGGAGGGACGGAAGACCACCGAAAGGGCGACCCUCAGAUCCACAGAAACGGACGUCCAACUUCAGAAACCAGUAGAGAACUAUCCACCCUCUGGCUCGUCAGCUUUCCCUGGUGGUCGCCAGAUUAUCAGGGAAUCGCUUUUAAAGAGAGACGUCCCAGAAAUAGCUGUAGUAUAGCUGGAUACGCUAAUAUCUUCAAUUUCCGAAUCCACUAUGAAGCAAUACACCACAACAUAUCGCCUCUGGUGGAACUUUUGCCUGGAGAAGAAUAUCUCUGUAUUUGGACGGGCAAAUAGAGACAUCCUGACCUUCUUACAAUAUACAUCUGAGAAAUAUAAUUAUAAGUACGGUGUCAUAAACUCCAACAGAUCAGCUUUAAACCUUAUUUUAAUUAACGAUAUCGGGUCAGACCCUCUUAUAAAAAGAUUCAUGAAAGGAAUGGCGCGUCUGAGACCGGCCCAACCAAAAUACGGCAGUACGUGGGAUCCUGAAGUUCUACUUUCUUACAUAGAACAAUUGCCUGAAGAUUUGGACCUUAACUUAUUAUCCCAUAAAUUAAUAACACUCUUGACUUUAGUUACCGGAGAGAGGCUUCAGACGCUGUCUUUGAUCAGACUAACCAAUAUACUGGAAAAUGAACAGGAAAUUCAAAUUAAUAUAACCGAUCCAAUAAAAACUUCAGGUUUAAAUCGGGUUCAGCCAACACUAUAUCUUCCCUUUUUCAAAGAGAGGCCUAAACUUUGUCCUGCCUUGACGUUGAAAAAAUACAUCGAUGCAACAAAAGUGUUUAGAAAAAAGGAGCAUGAUUUUGUAUUCUUAACAAUUAAAAGACCUCAUUCAGUUGCUUCGAAACAAACGCUAAGCAAAUGGGUUAAGAAAAUGUUAGAACUAGCAGGGAUAGAUAUUUCUCAAUUUAAACCUCACUCGACAAGACAUUCUUCUAGUUCUGCCGCAUUGAGACAGGGAAUUUCAAUUGAAACAAUACGCAGGACAGUAGGAUGGUCCGAAGGGUCAUCUGUAUUUGCCAAGUUUUACAAUAGACCUCUCUCUGACAGAACUGCAUACGCCAAAGCUAUUUUAAGUAAUUCUGACAAAGCUUAAUUUACAUUUAUAUGUUCAAUGUUUAACAAUGUUUUGCCGUAAGGCCUAGUUUAAUUUACGUUAAAUAUGUUCUUUAUAUAUUCUUUACUUGUUCAUUAUUUGUUGAUAUAACUAUCGUUAUAUGCCAAUUUGUUCAUUUUGGUUGCAUUCAAUAAACGUUUUUGAUAUUUAAGAUAUUUAGCUGCCUUUCAUAUACCACUCAAAAAAAAAACUUUCCGCACCAAUUCAUUAAUUCGCAACCAACAGAUCUUUAAACAUCUACGUAUUGUAAAAUCAAGAUAAUACAUUCGGACUGGACGCGAAUAUAAUUGUACGAU